CCUGAGCGGUGAGUGAGUUGCGCGUGGCGAGUCGAAGGCGUCCGCUGGUUUUGGGGGGGUCCACACCGCCCCCCACCCCUCACCCCCCCCGUUAAUUACCGUAAUUACCGUAAUCACCGCAGUCGUCGUGGUCAUUAGCGGGGUGCUGGUGGUGGUUGUGGUGGUGAGGGGGGCCACUGGGGAAGUGAGGAGCAGCGACUACAACGAGGAAUACGGGCAGGUGUGGUGAACAUGGCUGCCCCCCCACAGCUACAGGAGCUGGAGAGUUCCCUCCUGUAUCGGAGGAGACACAAACACGGCGAUGUGGCGGAGGAGCGGCCCAGCCUCGUUGGAGGACCCCCAGGGUCUGCUGCUGCUGCUGCUGCUGCGUGUGGGUUGUGCUCCCUGCCACUGGAGCCGGCCUCUCCACUCGUGGCGUCCAUGGGGCGCCUCUUCCACCCCCGCUGCUUCGUGUGCGCCCAGUGCUUCCAGACCUUCCCAGACGGACUCUUCUACGAGUUCGAGGGGAGGCGAUACUGUGAGCACGAUUUCCAAAUGCUCUUUGCUCCGUGCUGCGGAGAGUGCGGGGAGUUCAUAGCGGGCCGUGUGAUUCGUGCUGCGGGCAGCGCCUGGCACCCGGCCUGCUUCUCCUGCCGGCGCUGCCGCUCCCCGCUGGCGGACGCCGGGUUCGUGCGCGCCGACGGCAGCAACCUGUGCCACGCGUGUGGUGAUGAGCAGCGGUGGCGAGGCUCCCAGCGCCACCGCUGCCACCGCUGCCACCGUUCCAUCGACGAAGAGCCCCUCUUGGUGGGCGGAGAGCCUCACCACGCUCACCACUUCAACUGCUCCCAGUGUGGCAAGGAGCUGAGUGCCGGUGCGGCGCGUGAGGCUCCCGGCGUCGCCGCGGGGCCGCUGCUGCUGUGCCUGCCAUGCCACGACAAGAGCGCCGUGCCCAUCUGUGCCGCCUGCCGCAGGCCCGUGGAGGAGCGAGUCGUCAACGCGCUGGGCAAGCAGUGGCACGUGGAGCACUUUGUGUGCGCCAGGUGUGAGAAGCCGUUCUUUGGCACCCGCCACUACGAGCGGAGGGGGCUGGCGUACUGCGAGUCUCACUACAACCAGAUGUUUGGAGACGUCUGCUACCACUGCAACCACGUCAUCGGAGGGGAUGUGGUGUCUGCGCUGAACAAGGCCUGGUGCAUCUCCUGCUUCUGCUGCUCCACGUGUAGCACCCGUCUCACGCUCAAGAACCGCUUUGUGGAGUUCGACAUGAAGCCCGUGUGCAAGCGCUGCUACGAGAAGUUUCCCCUCGAGAUGAAGAAACGCCUCAAGCGCCUCUCGCGCAUGGCCGUGAGCAAGUGACGUGACGUUGGGAAGGGGAGGCAACUUCAUGGCUGACAAGGGGGGCGACUUUAUGGCUGACAAAGGGGGCGACAAGAUGGCUGACGAGGGGGGUGACAA